AUGGCAUUGGCAAUAGGAGAAUUCGAGGGCCAUGAGGAAUCUAAUGAGGAACCAAGUGAGGGGGAAAUUAGUGAAGAAGAGGAUGGUGACAAUGACGAGGAAGACGAGAAUGAGGAUUGGGAUGAUAGUGAUGAAUCCGAAGCUCGAAGUGAUGAUGAAUACAAGGUCUGGGGUGACAGUGACUAUUGGGGACCAUGGAAUAAUAAUGAAGAUGAUGAAUCCGAGUAUACUCACCAAGGGAUCCGGGAGGGUACUCAGUAUGCUAUUCAAUCAGCACUCAUGAUCCGUAUGGAAGGGGAUGAGUCUACAUCAGACUCAAAAGAUGGUGAGGAUAUCGAAGAACAUGAGAUCAUCUUUGAAGGCAAUGUAGACCCUAUGGCAGAACAGAUGUUUGACAUUUAUGGGAACUUGGGUGAGAUGAAACUCGAAGUUGAGGAGAUUGACCAGAUGUUAGGUGAAGUAGCCAUCAAUGAAUGCCACUACACCGAACAAAUGGAAGACAUUGAAGAAAUAGGGGGAGAUGACACACUUGCAGAAAUAGUGGAUGCAAGGAUCAAAUGCCUUUCCAAUGCGGUGAAGAAAUUAUGA